AUGCUCUCCCGCACGCUGGUGAACACUUUUCUGCUGCUCACACUUUUGCACUUCCUCUGCCCCAUCCAGUUGUCGGCCUCCCCCUCGGAGUUGGGGCUCUUCCUCCCUCAGCCCUCCCGUGCCUCCUCCCCCCCUGCCGCGAUUGCCUGGCUGCCCUCCGAUCCAACCCUCAGUCCCGUGUGGAAGGAGAAAAGAUGCCUUGGAGAGGAGUUAGGCUCCGCCUCCAGAUCGCAAGGCCUCAGGCGUUGCUUGUCCGAAGGUUCCUUGCGAGCGCGACCGGAGCGGACCCGCUCGCUCUCAGACAUCCGCCGUCUAACCCUUGACCUCCACGCCCUCCGCCCUUCCGCUCGGAGCCUCAAGAACGAGCCGAGCUCAGAGGGAGCGGCGCCGAAGCAGACGCUCACGUGGCUCCGAGGGGCCCAGGAUGUUGAAAUUGGAAAGGAGCUCAGGAAGAAAAGCAAGAGUUUGUAUGAACACACACUCACAGACACAAACGAAGUGAAGUGGCGUUGCGGAUGUCGUCGCAGCUCUUCAGAGGUGAGCGCUGGCCUGUCGCUGCUGGGCAGCAGGCGCGAGCGUUGGCUCCAAAGUGACAGUCUGGAGAGGGCUCUGAGGAACACCAGGCCAUCGGCGCGGGAGGUGCAGACGUGGGCCCAGAGUCUCCAAACGCUCUUGGCCCACCCAUACGGCCUGGCGCUAUUCCGCCACUUCCUGAGGUCAGAGUACAGCGAGGAGAAUCUGGACUUCUGGUUGGCCGUGGAGAAAUUCAAGGCAACACGUCCCCUCGGCCAGAUGGCGGACAGGGCCGCUCACAUCUACGAGGAGUUUGUCUCACGCGCGGCUUCCAGACAGGUCAAGGUGGAUUCAAAGGUCCGGGAGUUGACCCGUCGCAGCCUGCGUCUGGGCAUCGAGGAUCUUCAGGAUGGGAUCUUCAGCCUGAUGGAGGCCGACAGUUACCCGCGAUUUCUCAGGUCCCGCCUCUACGCCCAGCUGGCCAAUCAGGACGCGGGGCUGGCCCAUCCCGGCCGACUGGAUUCUGCCCGAGCGCCCGGUCCGAAGCGGUUCGGCGAGGUCGCCAUCUUGUGAGGGAGGGUUGGCGUACGCGCUCGCUCGAUAUGUCGGAGACCCGCCGGCUUCCGACCGAUGGCAAAAGGGCUUGAGCGAGAAGUAGGUCAAAGAUCUUGAUGAAUCCAGGCUCUUGCCAUUUCAGGCACAUUGAUUGAUGGAUCAAAGCCUUUCUGAGGGCCGGCCGGCCGGCCGGCCGCCUGCCUGCCUGGCUGCCUGAGCCCGCCCGCCUGCUUUUUGUGUGCAUGCGAGAAGCACAGAGCAAAGCGUCAAAGACAAAUAAAAGAGACAGACCAAGAA